ACCCACAGUUCCAGUCUCAGCUUGUUCUUAAUUUGUUCUUAACUUUGUCCAAUUUUGAGGCUCGGGUUCCUAUAAAAUUGUUUGCUAUUAGCUCAUCCAAAGAUCUGUGCGACUCUUUUGACUUUUGCGCAAACGUUUGUAAGCCGAAACCACAUAUAAAAAACAUAACCUUCCGCACACGGGAUCUAACUAUAGUAGUAACUGACAACUGUCUGUGGUGGUAUAUCCAGGAUCGAGAUGUCGGAGAAUCCUGCUAAACAGAGACAAGUUCAAUCCUUCCAUGUCCUUCACGAAAAGCAAAUUUUGUGCCUAGCUCUCUCUACAAUUAUUUUCAUUUUCGUAUCUUGUGUGCCAGUGCUUUUUGUUAACUGGAGUCUUGGUGAGGUUCGCCGACUAGACGGCGAGGUCAAAAACUUGAGGAGUCACAUUGAAAAGCUUCAGCAAUUGGUGGACGAAAAAUUUGAGAACAGUUAUAGUGGAGGUAAAAAGAAGCGGUCACUGAAGGAGGUUGAUGGCACAAGGCAGAAAUCAAGGAAAAAGAGACAUGCAGAAAAUGCCAAGGUUGUGCAAGAGUUCUGCCUUUUCUAUCUAAAGAAGUCUAAACACUUCCAAUGCAAUCUAACUAAAACUAUUCUCAAGGUUGGUCCUAAAGGCGAGCCUGGUCGAAGAGGAAAACCAGGUCCACGCGGAUUGACAGGGGAACGAGGAAGAACUGGUGCGAUCGGUCUAGUUGGAAUCAAGGGAGAUCCGGGUCCUAGGGGAAUGAAAGGUGAACAAGGAGAGGCUGGCGUGAAGGGUGUCAAAGGGGAGCCGGGUAGAUCGGCACAGGUUCCAGAGAUAACUGUUAAGCCAGGGAAUGUUACUGUCAAAGAGAAAUCAAUAGCCAUGUUCAAAUGUGCGGCAGUUGGGUACCCAAAGCCCAUUAUAACUUGGAAAAUGAAAGGAAAAGAAAUAAGGCAGGGUACGAAGUUUCUGUUGAAUAAUGGUUUGCAAAUAAAAGGAGUAACAAGAAUGGACCAAGGAAAUGUUGAGUGUACAGCUAAAAGUAUCCUUGGAGAAGAUUCAGCAGUGGCGUUCUUGGAUGUCUUACUACCGCCAACUGCAACAAUGAGACCACAAAGAGCUGUUGUCGAGCAGGGUGACAUUUCCUUCAAUGCAAGAUGCAUUACAACUGGAUCUCCACGUCCAACAGUCACUUGGCAAUUAUUCCAAAGUAAAACUAUGAGAAACGUUAGGACCUCUGGUGAAAAUUUGACCAUCUUAAGUCCUAAAGUUCAAAAUAGCGGCACGUAUAAUUGCAUAGCUGAAAAUUCAGUUGGCAAAGCACAGUCAUGGCUUGCAUUAGUUGUUCAAAGAUAUGCAAGAAUAGAAAUCACCUCAGCAGGUUGUGAGGAUUUUCCUGGGUGUGGUGUGGCGGAGAUAAAGGUUGAUGGCGUGAAUUAUGCCCUAGAUCGAAGAGGGUUCAACAUCGUCGUCAUCUCUCCUAAAGACGGUUUGUUGAUCGCAAGAAGAGAAUUCGAUACUCAUGGAUCUGCGAUGGAGAGCACUAAGAUGCUAGAAUUCAUCAAUGAUAUCAAAUAUGGGAACAUUGUUGCAGUGGCAGUUAAAGAUGAGGCAGGAUUUCGUCUAGAAGUAGAGGGAGAAUAUGCUAUUCACAGCUUAGGGGCCUAUGCUAGUUUGAGGAGUCUAGAAUCAAUUACACAUCCUAGAUACCGCGCAAGCUUUGCCCUGCUUACAAUAAAAGGCAAGCCGAAGCCAAUAUGGCACUCAGAAAAGUUUGCAGCUCGUAAAACAGGACCUGUUAGAAUCACAGCGAGCAUUUCGUUGAUAGAUUAGCUGCGUACAUGAAGAGAAGCUAUAUAACUUCCAAGAUUUUGAGAGAAAAUGACUUCGAAGUUUUAAAUUUUUACCCAUGCCUUUGUAAGUUCUUGAUUUUGUUUAUAGUUUAUAAUUUGCCAAUUCAAAUUGCUGAAAAAGGAACGUAGAGGAUUAGGUGGAAUAUGUCAACUUAAGGACAAUCAGUCAAUCUUCUAUGAGAGAAUUCACCAGUCUUCUCUAUAAAAUCAUAAAAUCUUGAAAAGACAACGGAAAGUUAAGAAACACUUUUAUUUUUUUCAGGAUGCUUUUGAGACUUUUUAAGGCAGUAAAUCUAGUAAUGCAUCUAAUAAAUAUUAUAGAGGGUAAGUUACAAAAAAUUUCCAUAUUUCAUUAAAGUUGCUUAUUGAUGAUGAUUGUGUCAUAAAGAACAACAAAGCAGUCUUUAUCUUAAUUUCAGAGGUAACAGGCAAUUGGCACUGAACUUUAUUCAAAAACUUAUUCAUAUUCAUUUUGAUUAAACAAGGAUGACUCGACAGAAAUGUAUAAAGGAAAAAGAGUUUUGAUAUACAUAAUAAUAAUAGCUUAAACAAUUUGAAUAACAUCAAUAUAAAUACAGUAAAUAAAAACCCCAAAUCAUACGUCCAUGAAACCGUAGAUGAAAAAAUUCCAGAAACUGAUUCCUGCUAAUUAAAUACAUUGCGGAAUAUUUUAACAACUACUUUAUAAACAUAACACAAGAUCUAGGAAUCCAACAAGAUAUAGCUCACAUAUCAGUUACAGAUGGUAUAAAUGACCCAAUUGAUAAAGCCAUUUAGAAAUAUAAAAACCACCCAAGUAUCAUAAAAAUAAGAGAAAUGUACCCUGACCCUCAGCCCUUUGAAUUUAGGGAAGUUAGCAGUGGGGAAAUUUGGGAUCAGAUAAACAAACUUAAUACCAGAAAGGCCUCACCAAUAGAAAGUAUACCUGCUAGGAUAUUAAAAGAAUAUUCAGACAUUUUCUCUGAAAUUUUACAAAGAACAUUUAAUGAGGACCUUUCUAAUAUGAUAUUUCCAAAAGAACUCAAAUUAGGAGACAUAUCAUCGUUGCAUAGAAAAGAUGAUAAAUUCAGUAAGAAAAAUAUAUGAGAGAAUCAUGGAAUCACAAAUUACUCCCUUCGCUCAUGGUUUUCUAUCACCACUGCUAUGUGGUUUCAGAAGAAAUUAUAGCACUCAACAUACAUUACUCAGACUCAUAGAAAAUUGCAAAAAAGCUCUAGAUACUAAACAUACAGCUAGUGCACUAUUGAUGGAUCUGUCAAAAGCAUUUGACUGUCUGAAUCAUGACCUAAUGAUUGCUAAACUCAAUGCUUAUGGUUUUAGUAGAAGUGCCUUGAAUUUCACAUUAUCGUACCUUAGCCAGAGGAAACAAAUAGUCAAAAUAAACGGCUCUUUCAGUGAAUGGAAAACCACAAGUGUAGGUGUGCCACAAGGAUCAGUUUUGGGACCUAUUUUGCUCAAUAUAUACGAAAAUGACAUGUUUAUGUUUAUAUCAAAUAGCCAAAUAUGCAAUUAUGCUGAUGAUACAACGCUAUAUGUCAUCCACCAAGACAUUCAGCAGGCUACUAAAAUACUAGAACAAGACGUAGUUAUUUUGAGAGAAUGGUUUCAAAAUAAUUAUAUGAAAAUGAAUGGGGACAAAUGCCACCUUAUAAAUUUUGGUAAAGGCAGCAAUGACACAUCUCUGAAAAUAGAUAAAACGAUAAUUAAACCAAGUAAAGAACAAAAACUUCUUGGAAUAAGUAUUGAUAAUAAUUUGUCGUUCAAAGGACACGUACAAUCGAUAUGCAAAAAGGCCAGCCAAAAGCUACAUGCUUUAUCCCGAAUCUCCAACUACAUGGAUCAUAAAAAAGUAAAACAGACCAUGCACGUCUUCAUUUUAUCACAAUUUAGCUACUGCCCUUUAAUUUGGAUGUUUUGUGAUCGACAGAUGAACAACAGAAUAAACAGAAUUCAUGAAAAGUCUUUGCGUCUUGCCUAUGAUGACUAUGAAUCAAGCUUUCAACUGUUCUUGAAAAAGACAACUCGACGUCUAUCCACGAUAAAAAUCUGCAAUUGCUCCUUACAGAAAUAUAUAAAUCUUUACAUAAUCUCAACCCAAGUUUCAUGAAAGAAAUCUUUACUGAAAGAAAUACAUGCUAUAAUCUUAGAAAAAUAUCCCGAAUAUCACUAUAAAAACCAAAAUUAAAUUGUUAUGGUAUAGAAAGUACAACCUUUAGGGGAUUCAAGCUCUGGCAAGAGCUUACAAAUGACAUUAAAACAUCUUCUAGCCUCGCAAUAUUUAAGAAAAAGAUUAAAACUUGGAAAGAUACAAAAUGCAACUGCAGACUUUGCAAACCUUACGUUACGCAGAUGGGAUUCUUGAAAUAGUCAUCGGAUAAUUGUAUAUUUUUAUCUAAUAAGUCAUCCUUUCAAUUUUAUACAUUUCCUUUAUCAUUUUAUCCAUUCAUUGUAGUUAAUUUAAGAUUUGUAAAUGUAGUAUAAAUAGUAGGCUUUAAUUAGCUGUUAUAUUAGCUAUAAAAAUUUAAUAAUCCGCAUAGUUUAUCACUCUCAACUAAAAGAAACGUCUCGAAAAAGAUUUAAAGUUAGAAUAAAUUGAUUUUUAUGAUUAUUGUGUUAUGAAAAUAGUGCUUUUGCCCCAAGUCAGGUCGUUUCUGAAAAAUUUAUUGCUUUUAAUAAGAAAUCGUCUAUAAGAAGAAUGAUCAAAAAUUUAAUCGUUCUUUCAAAGCUGGAAUAGACAUUGUU